AAAUAGGGCAUCCAUAUCCCCUAGUAGGCUAAUACCAAGCGGGAAGUACAAAAGGUGUUGCGCAAUAACAACAGCACAAUCUCAUAGAGAAAUGGGACGAGAAGGAGAUUGGGCGUGUAGUGGUUGCGGCAAUAGGAAUUAUGCAUUCAGAUGUUUCUGCAACAGAUGUAAACAGCCUCGUCUCCUUGUUGACAACAACACUCCUUCUGAUUCCAAGUGGCUUCCGCGUAUCGGCGAUUGGAUCUGCACUGGUUGCACUAACAACAAUUAUGCUUCGAGAGAAAAGUGCAAAAAAUGUGGACAACCAAAGGAGGUAGCAGCAAUGCCAGCUAUUGCAAUCCCUGGAGCAUCUCUCCCAACUCAUCCAAAUUAUUUUGCCAGGGCACAAGGAAUAGAGCAAAAGUUGAACAUUGGGUUAUUAGGAAAUGGAGCUCUCCAGCAGCAACUUCCCUUGAGCUCUAACUGGUCUUUAGGGGAGGCUGGUAAUUACGAAAGCCAACAUGCUGAUCGGUAUAGACUGCUGCAAGCUUCUACUUGGACUUCCGUUGGUAACAGCACUCCUGGAGUUCCGUACCGAAGCCAAGCGCACCAACUGCUUCCAGUUCCAAAUGGAUGGCGUAACGGCGACUGGCUCUGCAGUUGUGGCUUUCACAACUACUCUUCUCGAGCUCAGUGCAAAAAAUGCAAUGCUUCUGCGGCUCCAGCUUCAUCAUCUUCUCUUGUCAGCACCCCUAUGACAGCUCUUGGGACAAAGCGAUUAGCAUCGGAAGAACUUGUUCAUGACUGGGAUAACAAGAGGCUGAAUGCAGGGCAUACGUUUGGGUAUCAGCAAGCCUAUCCAGAAGCAGCAGAGAGAAUGGUGGGUUCAGUUGGAAAUCAACUAAAUGGUAUAUCAACAACCUUCCCUAGUGGAAACUCAAUGGUGCUUCCUUUGCAAGUCAACCUGCAGGUUCCUCAUGUACCAGCAGCGCCCACACUUCUUGGCAAAGGGGCAAAGCAAUGGCGUGAUGGGGACUGGAUGUGCACAAAUUGCAAUAAUCAUAAUUAUGCAUCUCGAUCGAACUGUAAUAGGUGCAAGACUGAGAGAGACGUACCAGCUCAACCUGUUAGUGUUGCAUAGCACUUCAGUUAUAACCGGCUUGAACUUGUUGUAGCUUCACAAGAUGCGUUUGUAUCCUCCUCUAACUUAUUAUCAUGUUGUGUGUAGUUUUGGUAGGCAAUCAAAUGAGGUAGAUUAAUCAAUAUGGUGUAAAUUGAUCGUUUCUCCGGUUUUGCUUCAGGAGAACGGAGUACAUGAGAGAAUACUAUCUGUAUGUUAUCUAUUUUCUCAUUAACCGUUUCUUCCAAAUACACUUAUAAGAUUUAUAUUGCAAUCUAUAUUAACUUGAGACUUGUUUGGGGCA